AUGGCGGGCGCCUGUCCGCCGCAGCAGUCCAGUCACGAACACGCCGGCACGGAGUCUGAGCGGCUCUCGCCCACCUCCCUCCGCUCUGUCUCGCCUGGGGACUUUGCGCCGUGCGACCUCUCCAGCACCGCGGCGCCUCCUCCGCCCUCGAGUGCGUUCGCGGCCUUCUCUUCUUUUGCGGCCGAGCAAGGCAGCCGCGUCUCCUCCGCGGAGCUCUCCUCGGCGCCCUCGACGCCCUCCUCGAAGCCGCGCAGCUCCUGCAGCACCGUCGACUGCGCGGAGGUCACGCAGGAGGAGGCGGACGACGGCGAAGGCGAUGUCGAGCCGGAGGAGGACGACUCCGGGACUCAGGACGGAGCGAGAGGUAGACGCAGCCUGCAGCAGAUGCCCUGCUCCGAAGCCGAGGUCUACGAGAUCCUCGCCGAGCUGCUCAACGUCGACGUCUUGUGCUGCCGCUACAUGCGGCGGCAGCAGGCUCGCCGCACCGCGCGGGAGAGGGCGGCGGAGGCCGGCGGCGAGGCUGGGGAAGAGCGGCGACGCGGCGGCGCGGGCGACGCAGCGGAGUCUGCGCCCGCCGCCGCGCCGUCUCUCCUGGAUCUCACGCUCGACUUCUGCAAUCUGGAGCGCGACUCCGAGAGCGGCGAGAUCCAGUACGCCGCGCGCCCUCUCUCCCGCGUCUCCUCCUUCUCUUCUUCUUCUUCUGGUUCGCUCGCUGCCGCUAGCCUGGCGGCAGGCGCGCAGGCCGCGCAGGCGGCGCGCGUCGUCGCAGGCGGCCGCGGUGAGACUGCGUGGCCUGAUGAAGCGGUUUCGCGGCUGCUGCAGCGGCUCCAGCGCGGCGGCGCGACGCGUGUGGCGGCCGCGGCGUCGCUCCCCGCGUCCUCCGCGACUGCGGGGGACGGCGGUUCGUCACCGCAAACGCCUUCGGCGCCGCCGGGGGCCGUGACGCGGUCUGAGGCGCUUCCCCUCCCUGCGGGGCUCCGGCAGCGCGCGGUGGCCGCUGCGCUGCUGGGGGUUGUUCGGCGAAGCGUCAUGCGCACGGCGCGCGCGCAGAAAGUUCUGGCUAUAUGCGCCUUCCUCGACCUCGCGCAAAAUCUCGAGGUCCAAGACGCCUUUGUCGAGCUUCUCUUCGCGGCGCCGCCGCUGCGGGACGCGCCGCCCGCGAAGGCCUACCUGGUUAGUCUGCUCAAGUGCCUCUACGCAGGCGCGGAGCUGCGCCAGCUGCCGCUGUCUGACAGCUUCGCCGAGGCCGUUUUCAAGCACGUGAGCGCAUACAGCAGGAGUGACGAGCUCGACGAUCGGCCUUUCGUCUCGUACGAGACUCUCGACACCCGCCGCCCCCCCCAGGUCUUCACUUUCCGCACGCUGCUGUAUCGCAACGAGCUCGGCCUGCGCACCUGGACUGCAGGCUUCUUCCUCGUGGAGUACCUCGCGACCUACGGACACCAGUUCCGCUGCGUCUCCUGCCUCUGCGCCGACACGCUCUCCACUGCCUCGUCCCCCUGCGCCGCUGGCGCGCCGCCCUGCUGCUGCUCGGCCGCGCCCCACGCAGAGUGCUGCUGCGGGCGUGGAGACUCGCGCGCCAGGCAGGCGGAGGCGGCGCGGGAGGCCGGCACGGCCGCGUGCGCCCAGCGCCGCGCCCGCGACGUCUCAGGCACCUGGGCGGGGCGCCUGUUGGCGAAGCUCGAGGCCGCCCAGCCGCGCGCCUGGCGCCGCGGAGGCCCUGCUGCGGGCGCGCAGGCCGCCGACGCCCCGAGGGCGCUCGGGGAGGGCGCGGCAGAGGCUGGAGGCGCCGCGGCAGAGGCUGGAGGCGCCGCGGCAGAGGCUGGAGGCGCGCGCGUCUCCGUCGCGGCGUCUUCCUGGCCCGCGGCGAAGUGCUGCGAGGCAUUUGCGCCGCUCGGCGUGUUGGAGCUCGGCUCCGGCCUCGGCGUCACGGCUUCUGCCCUCUGUGCGUUGCCUCCCCCCGCGGAGUCCUGCGCGCGCCCUUGCGCAUCGCCUGCGGCUGCGGCUGCGGCUGCGGGCUGCGCCGCCGGCGCGCGGCUCGCGGCGAGCUGUGUCUACGUCUCCUCGGACUACUUGCCAAGCAUUCUCGCGACGUGCGCAGAAAAUCUCGCGCGGAAUGGCGUCUCCAUCGCCUCGGCGUUUGCCCGCGGGGGCAGUGCCGGCCUGCCAGAGGCCGAGAAGGCGCGCGAGCCGCGUGAGGACGGUGCGGGCGCGCCGACCGCAGGAGACGGCGCGGCGACAGGGACCAGCGAAGCACAUCGCGAAGGGAAGGUCGCGGCUGAGGCGCCCAACGCGCCGGUUGUUUUUCUGGAAACGUUCGACUUCAGCGACGCGCAGAGACGCGCAGGAGCCCUGCUGACUAAGACCCAAGACGCCAUGUACAGAGAAGGCGAGAGACGAAAGCGAAUCUUCCUCCGCCAUUCAUGCGCAUCCUCUGAAGCCACGCUUCCUCCGCGGGUCUCUUCUGCUACCUCUCCUGCCGACGCUGCGCGCCUCGACGAGGGUGAGAGCGGGGCGGCCUUCGCUUCUCUGCCGCAGGGCGCGGCCUCGUCCUGCGGCGCCGCCGGCGCAGGCGCGUCUCCUUCGUCUCCCCCGAGGCCUGUCGGUCGCGGCGUGGCGCGGGCCUCGAGUCUCGGCUGCUCGCGUCCGGCCUCGGGGGUCCUGCUGAUCGUCGGCGCAGAUCUCAUCUAUGACCGCGGCUUGAACAGUCUCCUCGCGAACGCGCUUUCGCUUCUGCUUCGCGCGCCGCUCCCCCCUCGCGCGGCAAGCGGCAGCGCCGUCUCGCCGCAGGCGCUGGGCGAGCUGAAGAGGGUCUGCAUUCUUUGCUCGGCUGUCCGCGACGACGCGACGCGCGCGCACUUCCUCCAGGAGCUAGAGCGCCACGCGCUCGCCCAUUUCGAGGUGUGGAAGGCGAACCGCCGCGUCCAAAUCGGGGCUCGAAACUUUUAG